ACAAACCGAGCUCACCUCGGUUGUCUAGCAAAAGCAGAUUCACCGCCAUGUCCGCAUUUCCCGCCAUCGUGCUGGACUCCGACAGCGACGACGACAGCAGGCCGCCAGCGAGCAGCCGGUUCCCGAUUCCCUCCCGUCGUCCAGACGACCCCGCGACGAACGAAUGUGCGAUCAGACAGGGCGAGAGUAGCAGGCAGGUCCGCAGGCAGAUCUGCAGGCAGGUGUGCAGGCAGGGAGAGGGUAUUGGGCAGGAUGAAAGGCGGCAGGGAGAGAGCGAGUGGAGCCGAGGAGCGGAAACGACUAUUCAUCUCGCGGCAGCGAGAACGCGCGUGGUCAAAUCUCGUUCGGAGACACUUGAGCCAAUCGAUCUGGACGAAAUCGACGGCUCUCCUCCGCCGACGCCACGCCCAACCGCCUCGGAUCCAUGGGCUGAUAGAACCGAUCGUGACCGUCCGACCGAAGGGACAGCAGGGGUGAUGUCGGAAGGGGGAGGAAGUGAUGGGGAUGGUGUAGCGUGCGUUCAUGAGAUCAGCAGUAGUGCCAGUAGUCAAGACGGCCAAGAGAGUCAAGAGAGUCAAGAGAGUCAAGAGAAUCAAGAGAAUCAAGGCAGCCAGGGAAGAAGAGAGAGGAGAGAGCGGAGAGAACGGAGAGAGAGGCAGGAGAGGGAGCAGAGGGAGAGGAGGAAGGGCUUGGAGGAUGAGGGUGCGAAGAGGCUUUGGAGUGACAGUCAAGGAACGACAAUUAGCACCAGCAGUGCAAACAGCAGCAGCAGAAGCAGCAAGAGCGGCAGAGGCGGCAGUGAGUCGUCUGACUGUGCUUUGGUAUUUGAGAGCAGGGGCGUUGGGAGUGGAGAAGCAAGCACGCUGCAGCACUCUCAGCCGUGUGCAGCAGCAGGGGAGAGUGCUGGAUGGCUGGGGAGCCCAGGAUGGGUGGGCGGGUGGAGAGACGAAGGGAAGGCAAUUGGGCGGAUGGAGAACGGUGCUGUGGGAUGGGGAGGUGGGAGGAGGCUGCAUGGCUGGGAGGAUGAGGGGAUUGGGACGGGUGGUGUGGGAGUGAAUGCAGAGCCCGGAAACAAUGGCAGUAAUAUGGGCGGUAGGAGUGGCAGGAGUGGCAGGAGUGGCAGGAGUGGCAGCCGCAGUGGCGUGGGUAAGGGAGCAGAGAGCGAAAGCCAGAGAAGGAAGGCGAUGGAGAGGGAGAGGAAGGCGCUGGAGAAAGAGAAGAAGAAGCAGGAGAGGGCAGCGCAGGCAGAAGAGAGGAAGAGAAAGAAGCAGGAUGAGAGGCUGGCGAGGGAGAGAGCGCGGAGGGAGGCAGGGGAGAGGAGGGAGUCAGUGCGGGAGGUGGAGGGGUGGGAGAAGGGCAGAGAUGCAGUGAGCAAGGCCACCACGCUCAUUGACGACAGAAUGCCUCCAGCCGCCAAGGCGGCUCUCGAGCGGACUCUCGCCGAUCGCGGUUACCCCUUCACCGUCACCCGUAACCCCGUUGCGGCCUCCGUGCUGUGGCUUCUCAAGGUGCCUCGCCUGCUGCCUGCUGCCGCUGCUGCCAACGCGUCCACUGCUGCUGCUGCUGCUGCUGCUGCUGCUGUGCAACCUUGGAGCACCGCUUCUGCUUCUGCGCCUGCUGCUGCUGCUGCAGUAUCUGCUGCACCUGCUACUGGUGCUGCUGCUGCUGCUGCUGCUGCAUGCAGGCAGGGAGGGGCAGACGAGGGAGGGAACGGAGGGACACAAGCACACCAGGGGCAGCAAGGCCGGGCUCAGCUGUGCAUUCGGCAGCAGUGGGCGGCGGGCAUGGUGGUGGCGAUGGGCGCGCAGUGCUUCGUGGAUCUGCUGCUCAGAGGCGUGCCCUGGUGGGAGGCGCACGUGCUCUCGCCGCUGCUCACCGCCCUGGAGCGACAGGAGCACGUGCCCACGCCGCAACAGCAGCAGGAGCAACAGCAGCAGCAGCAGCAGCAGCAGCAGCAGCAGCAGAACCAGCAGCACCAACACCACGAGCACCAUCACCACCACCGUUCCCAGCAGCAGCACGUGGGUCCGAAUGGAAACGGAGAGGCGGCGAAAGAAGGGAGGAGCGAGGGCAAGGUGGUGCUGCUGGUGUGUGGGCUGGGGCGGUACCUGAAGCAGAGCGAGCAGCGGGCCCAGAAAGCAAAGGAGAAGUGGCGGGAGCCUCCUGUGGAGCAAGCCCUUGCGCGUCUAGCAACGCACUUUGCGCGUGUGAGUGUGCGCGUGUGCAGCGACGAGUGGGUCAUGGCAGAGCACGUGGCAGCCAUGCACCGGGCACACGCCGAGAAGAUGUACAGGCCCGCCUUGAGCCGCCUGCACAUAGUGCAGAACUGCGGGGCUGCCAACCCCAAGGACCCCUUCUUUCAUGCCGCCCGGCGAAACACAUGGGCGAGCAUGCUGAUGGCCAUCCCAGGGGUGUCGGCCAGAGAUGCCAUUAGCAUCAGCAGGGCGUACCCCUCCAUGCACUCGCUGCUCUCCGUCUACCGCUCUGCCCUGCCGGAGCGGGACAAGCAGCUCCUGCUGGGGAAGGUGACCAAGGUUCAGCUGGGACUAGGGAGUGCUGCUACAACUGCUACCGGUAGUGCUGGUGAUGAUACGUGGGAUGAUGAUGAUGCGGAUGCUGGUGUUGAUGUGAGAGGGAGUCAAGGUGGCUCUGCUGGGAUGAGGCGACUGGAGCGCAUAGGUCCCGUGAUGGCGCACAGGAUAUACCAUGUUCUUACAUGUAAGGAUGCUUCGAGCAUGACGAUUUUAUGAGGUUCCAAUGUUAAGUUUGUGUGAAUAUGCAGUGCAGCAUUGUUCGUGUGAGCAUGAAUGAGUUCUUGGCGUUGUAGCUCGCAAGAAUUUGGGAAGCAGAGCAUAGGUACUACUGGCGGCAACUCUUACCCCAUAUGUGUGUGUGACCUCAA